AUUGGCUGGAUUUUCUCCAUGUAAAACAUGGGAGGAGUGUGUAAGAAAAGUGAGACACGUAACACGCUCUGAAGAAACAGGAGGUAAAAUGUAAUUUAAUGUUCACCAAGACAAACUAUUUCAAGUUGUCUCCCAAAUUACCUUUCUUCUGGAAUGGAACUUCUCUCCAUAAAAGUUAAAAAAGGAAGGUUGGAUAAAGCAGCUGAGGCAUUUGACACCUAUGUUGUUUUGAAAGUUCAAAACCUGAAAGGCACUACAAUAGAAAGAAGGGGAAGUGAACCUUGCUGGGAGCAGGACUUUAUGUUUGAAAUUGAUGCUGGUGAAAAAGGCUUCACUGUAGAACUGUGGAAGAAAGGUUUGCUCUGGGAUAGCAUGUUAGGAGUUUUAUGGAUUCCUCUUUCAUCUGUGGAACAUGCAACAGACGAAGGUCCAGGUGCCUGGUGGACGCUGUACUCCAAAGUAAUAAAAAAUGGAAUUGAGAUUCAAGGCACAAGAAUGCCAACUUCACAUGAGCUCUUACUGGAUGUCUACUUUGCAAUUCCAUUCGAUAUGCCUGAAGAUUUAGAUUACAGAGGCUGCAACAGGGGGAUGUUACUUCAAGGAACAAAACAUUCACAUAAAGAUGCAUAUGAUGGUCUGUCAUCCCUGGAAAGUGGUCUCAGCAAACAAGACGACAAGUUAAGAUGCUCAAAUGUUUUGUGGCAGCAUGAAGAAACAAUAGGAAUGAGCGGGGCAGACCUUGCUUAUUCCAGCAUUUUUUCAGAGGCUCAACAAGUCUAAAUAAUGAGAUGCACACUGAAGCAUGGAACAGGUAAAGUUUCUCACAGAACAGUGAACUGAACUCUCUUGCAACAGGAGGAAUUGAACAGUCUGUUACUGCUGUUUGCAUUCCUCAUGAUUUUUCAGCAGCGUGCUGCCUGCAUGAUGCUUAAUUUCACAGUACAGAAGGUAUUAAAUUAAAGCUGAGAACUAUAGGAAAACUAUAAAUAUUUCUAAGAGUGCUUAGUGGGACAGCAAAGUUGACAGACAGUUGAUUUUAUUAUACUCUGGUGCAAAGUUCUAUGUGGCUAAGCAUUGAGAUCACUUCAGUGGAGUUAAAAAUUCAGAAACUUGCAGUGUUUGCUGUCAGAGAAAAGACAAUAAAAGCUACAUUAUGAAGGGAUGUAUUCUCUGAAGGUAUAACGUGUACAUACUGAAGACUUCUUCAUGUAUGGUGAAAGCUGUAGUUCUGAUGUAGGUUCAACAAAGAAUUACUGCUAAGGACAUGAGUUAGCAAAAAGAUGAUCAGGCUCAUCAGUGUGGUCAGUCAGUAGAAAGUAUACAUAUACCAAGUGCUACAGCAUUUUUUUUCUGGUUAUCUUUUAUCUUUUUGCAUUCACGAGCAAACUCUUGCAGCAUAUUAGUGGAUAGGUACAACUGCUUCCUUAGUAUGAGGAAUGUCAGUAAUUCAAGAGCAAUUUCACUGUGUUUUUCCAAGAAUGCAUGCAGUCAUUAGUGCAUUGUCUGGGCUGAUGCAUCUUUUUCAACAAAUCUGAGCCUCUGAGCAGAUUAAUCUAAAUGAAAGUAACUUAAUCUGUCCUGAUAAUGAAAUUAUUUCCUUAGCCUUUUUGUCCCAGAUGAUCUUCUUGAAUUUAAAUGAGCUUUUGUGUUACUAAAUUAAGAGUUAUUACGAGGUAAUAAUUUAAAAUGGAAAUAUUUUCAUCUAAUUAGAGGCAUCUUUCAAAGAUUAUCCAGAAAGAUUAUAAUAGUUUUAAAGAUUAAAAUAACAGUGUAUUUAUAUAAAAAAAAAAAUUACAUUUGUACUAAUGAAAUACAUCUGAUAACCCUGUGGUGAGUAAUUAAAUUAGAUUUGUUGUGAAUGCACCAAAUUAAUUGUAUCCUGUAAAUACUUAAGGUUUUCUGUGUACAAAGCUCACUUUCUAUUAAUCUGUUUUUAUCCUGAUUUGUCAGUCCUUUGGACUUUCAUGCAUACAGUGUUUAUGGCUGACUCUGGAUAUAGACUGCUAAUUUAGUGUAACUGAUCAACUUUUUCCUGCCAGUCAUAAACUAAAUACAUAUGGCUAUGUAUAGUAACCAUAUGAGAAAUCAAUUGCUUCAUUCUGUAUGUGGUGAUAGUAUCCAUUGCUCAAUGCUGCUGCUAGCCAGAAUAUGGAUAUCAUGGUAAUUAUUUUUCUGCCACUGAGAUACAUUGCAAUAUUCUACAUAUAUUUCUAGCCAUGUACUUUUUAUACCAGAAUGUCUGGAAAACAGCAUAUAAUUUUAAAAUAUAAUUUUUGGAGAAUGUCAUAGUGAACGAGCUUUUCAUGUAAUUGUAUGCUGAUACUUCAGGGAAGGCAUGUGUAAGUAUCUGAGUUACUCUUCAGUACAAUUAUGCAGAAUAUACAAUUCAGUACAACUAUACAUAUACAAUGUCUGCUUCCUUUGUGUACUUAACAUAUAAAUCUAUUACAUUAACAGUAUGUGAUGUUGUUGCCCUAAGGAGGGGAAUUAGUACUGUAGAUAAUUGAAUUAAGUACGUACAAUAUUGAAAGACUAAAUUUGUAAAGAUCUUUACAUGAAAACUAUACAUCCUAUGCAAGUAGAGGUAUACUGGGAUAAAAAAAAAACCACUGUGCAGUACUGGGAUCCUUGCAACCUGAAACAUGAAGGCUAAAAAUAGCACGAGAUGUUUGUAUCUGCUAAGUUUAUGGUGUUUCUUCGGGAGACGCUUCAUUUAACUGAUGCUCUGGGAUGGAAAUACUCUUAGUAAUUGAAAUGAAUCCUUUAAUCAAUUCAUAAUGCAGAAUAAUCAGAGUAAAAGUCUGUUUUUUAAAAACUGACUGUUUGAAACAAAAGAACUAUAAUAAAAAGGUACACUAAAUAAAUGCUGAGCAAUGAAUAGGCCUUUAUGUCCUAUUUACAAAAGAACUUAGUUAUUCAGCUUUUGAAAGUGUUGAAAAUGCAGUAUUUUAAAAAUACUUAUCUAAUAUGUUAGACAGUGUUAAUACUGGGGUCAACAGCUAAUCAGCUGAACAAAAGUACAGCACAACUGUGAAUCACAAACUAAAACAAAAGGCAUUGCAUUGACAAGGUGUAUGUCCAAACCAACCAAAAUUAAAUGAAGUCUAAAGCAUUAGAGGAACACAGAUAAAAAUUUUUGUUUCACAAUAAUAUUCAACAUACUUCUGCAUUCAGAACAAGUCAGAGAACAUAAAUCAUAUGACAAUGAAAAUGACUUGCUGAUUUACAUAUAAGAAAUAAAAAAAAAGUUGUUCUUCAGGUUUAUUAUUCCAUCUGCAUAGACAUCUGGGUAGAUGUUACGCAUUCCUAUACUCAUACUGGAAAUAAAGGAUGUGCAUACAAAACCACAGUAGGCUUAUGUAAACCUGAUGACAAAGUUGGGCCUGAGUAUUUGGUUCUACAGCAUUUGGUUUUCUGAUGUUUUGUUCUCCAAACUAUUGUGUACGAGAUGAACUGCUGAGUGUUAGAGAGGUGUACUACUAAAACUGGAAUUAGUUAUCACUCAGUGUUGAUUUAAAUGAGAACUUUGUUAAAAUAAUAUUCAUUAAACCGAUGUAAUUUGAUAGUAAUAUACUGAUUAUUUAUAACAUAGUUGAAAACUGAAAAGAAUGCUUAAAUGUGAUAAAUUGAGUUUUAAAAGUUUGUUAAAGUUUGAAACAUCCUGAAAGGCACACAGCAAGGAAGACUUGCUUCUAUGGGAUUAGUAUUUACUAAGGUCUGAAUUCAUUUGAGAUGAUUGCUUUAUAGCCAUUUGUCCAGUAAGCUGCUUAGUUAUUCACAUACAGAUGAAAAAAGAAUGCAGAGCAGGGCAAAAAAUUGUUGAUAAACUGAAAAUUUAUGCUUCUACUUCUUAGCUACACAUAAGGAACUUCUGAGAUGAAAGCCAUGUUUCCAUUAUGUAGCCACAGCUGUUUAAACAGAUGUUUGUCCACAUAGAUUUUCUGUUGUGAUCUUAUUCCUCAGGGUUACAGUACAGCUAAGAAUACAGUAUUCUGUAUAGCUAAGAAUAACUGUUAUUCCAUGAUGCAUAUUGUAUCAUUUCAUGUUUACUGCCAAAGAGGAGUAAGCCCUCAUGCACCUACCGCUUACCUCCUCCUUCCCCCCCUCCCCCCAAUAAAAAAAAA